UUUUGAGUAAGAUCAUCUCGAGCUUUCAGUACUUGUUUUCUACUGGAAAAAUAUUUUGCAUAGCACAUCCUCAAAAAUGGAAAUGGUUCAAGUAAAUGUCUCCAUAAAUCUGAAUUCCAUCUCUGAUAAGUUUACGGAUAAAAUGAAACUCAAUUUGGAAAGUCUGAACAAAUACGAGUUUCAAAUUCCAUUCUUUCUUCCAAAGUUGUAUAGGAAAGAAGGCACAGAAUCUGAGAAACUAAUCUCCACCGAAAUGCGAUCAUCGAUCACAGAAAAAAUCACGGAAUGGUUAGAGUAUCAAUUUCCUGCCAGAUUUCGGCCAGGUUCUGCCUCCAUCAUUGCAUCACAUGUCACCGCAUACGUGGAAUUCUGCUGCCCCCAAUUUUCCAUGAACUCUUCGGAAUUCGAAUGCGUCGUAAAAUCCACCGCUAUUCCACUUCUCAUCGAUUUUUUUGCUGAUAGGAAAGAACUUUUUGAAAACCAUGAUGACGACGAGUUCAUAAAUGGGGUGCAACUUUUGGUCAAAAUAUUUCAAGAGGGAAUUAGACAGGGGGCCGAUUUGUUGGGUGAUGAAUCACAAACCGAAUUUUUUAAACUUGAAGAAAUCCACGACAACAAAUUUGCGUCCAUGUUCCUCGGCGUAGUUUCUGACCUUGUGUUUGAAACUUUCGAAACUUUCGACAUCGGUGGAAAGACGGAGGAGUGGAAGAACUAUUUGAAGAAAAUGUUUGCAAAUGCGAUGAUCGGAUUUUCUUCGAGAAAUGGUGAAAUUUCAGACUGUUCUGUCAACACGUUCCGUUUUUUCCGCUCAAUGGGUGGAACUUUGGCCCAACUUAUGGAAAUUGUGGUAAUGCUGAAGGAAUGCAUUCUCUCGGGGAGAGUGUCCGAAGAUCCGAUCUUUCUCCGGUUUAGCGGUCUUGUAAAUGAGAUUUCUGCGAGUUUAAAUGACUUGUUAGGCUUGCAGAAGGAUGUCCGAAAUGGGGAGGAGGAAGGCGGCAUUAUUUUGUGGAGGGUGCAGAAAGGGACAGAUUUUAAGGUGGUACUUGACGAGGAAGUUGCCGUGCUGAAAGAAAAUAUCCGAGAUUACGGAAUGUUGAGGAAUCUUCUCCUCACAAAGUAUGGAAAUGAAGAUGGAAAUUUGCAGGACUACUUAAAUAUUACGGAUUCCGUGUUGUUUGGGAUGUUCCAAGUAUUCGCAGAAUCGGAUGUGUAUGGAAUGAAGGAUCAGAUUCGGAUUGAUAUGGAUUAAUGUACUUAUAGUAUAUAGGAUAGUAUAUACUUAUGUAGUAUAUACUUAUGUAAAAGUAUGAUUAGCAAAAUUCCCAUGGAGAAACAUAAACGUUAAUAAUAUCAUCCCUAAGUAUAUGUAAAUAGUAUCAUAUUAACUAAACGAGUUAAACCUAACUUUAUACAGUUGUGUUGAUUGAUUUUUUAUCGAAUGAAUUGCCAAAGUACGAGAGUAUCGAUAUCUAAAUUAAUUGCAGUUGUAUCACUCAAUUCAUUCAAGUGAAUAUAAGCGGUACAGUGAAAGGAAAUACUUUUGAUGGUCAAGUGUGAGAUUACAUAGGUCGCGUAUUUAUACAUACAUUUUUAUGUCAUAUGUACAUACCUACAUAUGUACAUAUUCACGUAUGCAUGCAUGGCCAAUAUAUACAUAUGUACCUAUAAUAUGCACAUUACUUGGAAUCAUGGCAUGACCAAUUAUUUCUAUGGUCAACAGCUGUCAUAGCUCGCAAAUACUUGGACAAAUUCAAAUUUUAGUUUUCAUAACAACUUUCUACAAUGCAGGAAGCAAACCAUAACAAAAUUUUGGACCAGUUAAAGGACGAAAUUAAAGAAAAUUCCAAGCUUUCUCCAUUCAGUGAAGUUUUGGAUGACAAAUUUCUUAUUGGAUUCCUUCGUGGGAAGAAGUAUAAGGUUGAUGAUACCAUCAAAUGUUUGGAACAUUUCAUUCGAAUGAGAUGCGUAAAGUACAAGUAUAUCAUAAAUUCCUUCAGCCCGUCAACCGCAAUUAUGGUGAACAAGGGAGUCUUCAACAUUUUAAAAGAGAAGGAUCCCCUUGGACGGGUUGUUGGUGUUGCACAUGUCAAUGCGUGGGAUACGUCCCAAGUGUCAAUCGAGGAUGCGAUCGCGACAACCGUGUUCUUCAUGGACGAAGGGAUUCGAAGCGUUUUUCCCACCUGUAACGAAAUCGUUCUCAUAUUCGAUUUAAAGGGAUUUUCUUUCGAUCAGGCGAGAAGAUUGACACCGAGAAUGUGUAUUCUUGCGAUUGAAAUGUUCUUUAAAUGUCUUCCAUGUCGGCCGAAGGCGAUGCAUUUGGUCAACGAAAAUCUCCUGUUACACGGCGUCCUCCGCUUUUUUAAACCAUUGUUGGACAAAAAAUUACAGGACAGAAUUUACAUUCAUUCAAACCAUCUUGACCGACUUCAUGAGCACGUGCCACCAGCAAUUCUGCCGGAAUGUUUAGGUGGCAUGCUAUCUAAGGAAGAAUCAUACGAUAGAGAAAUCGUUACCUUGAUAAAAGGUGGGGAUGAAUUCUACAUAAAUUUGGCCAAGUGUGCAAAAAGCAUGUCAAAGUCUAGAUAAGAUAAUAAUAAAUACGUACGUUUUUUUGCAACACAUACACAUAUAUAAAUACAUACUAGUACAUACAAAUUUGUGCAUAUUUGCUAGUGAUAUUAAAUAAGUACAUACAAGUAAAGUUGUUAACGACUUAUGUAUGAAUGAAUUUUUAAUUUAUAUAUAUAAUACAAAUCUAGCAUUCACUGAAGGUUUCCCAGGGUAUGCUUCCAGAUUUUGAUUAAGCUGGUGUCAAUCUAUUACAAAUUUAAUUAGUAUGGAAUUUGCGAAAGACACUAUCUGCAUAAUAUGCAAGUACGCAUCUAUAGAUGUCUAGAAAUAUGUUUACCUACAUUUCUAUACUUUUUAGGAUGUCUUGCAUUUUAUAAUUGAUAAACAUAAAACAAAGCACUUUAAUAUGCAAAAAUAAACAUACUUCUUUACUAAACAGUGCAAAUAUUAACCCACGAGACAAUACUUUAUACCUUUAAUGACAAACUUGUAAUAUGUCUUUAAUAUAAAUAAUAAACUUGUAAUAAGCUUCUUACCUUCUAAUAUUAUUAGUUUAUCCAUUUGUAGAUAAAAAACAUAUAGUGAAUGUGACAUACUUACUUCAAAUAAAUUAUGAAUUGUCUUUUGUCUCUCCUUUCACAU